CGUCUCGCGCACACACAUGUGCGCACACCCGCCUCCGCCCCCGAGUCGAAGUUCAACCAGGCCUUGAUCCAAAACUGGCCUGCGUGGGCUGGUAUUGUCUCACCUGUCUGGCCAUUUCAGUCACGAACCAUGUCUUACAACUACGGUCCUCCACCACCGCCUCCUCCUCCAGCCCCCCCGAGUGGUGGCCCCGGCGGCUAUACCUCGUAUGGGCCUCCGCGAGGUGGCCAUAGUGGCAGAGGCCGUGGCGGCCUUGAUCGGGGCGGUUACCACCAACCACAUCCCGGCUACGGUUACGGUCAGCAGCCUCCCUACGGUUCCCAGAAUCCCGCAUCCUACGCCGGUCCUUCUGCCCAGCCAGGCUAUGCCCAACCUCCGCAGCAUUCUUGGAACCCGGAGCACGGCCAGCACCAUGCGCCGCAAGGCGCACCGCACGCCCCCUUACCUGUCCACAACUACCACCCGAAUUAUGCCCCUCAGUUGUAUCAACAUCAACCUCCAUACGGAGCUCAACCUCCCUACCAAACAGCCCCUCAGCCGCCCUACGGUCAGCCAUAUCCGGCCCCGACGCCGCAGGCCGGUCCGCCAGCCCAGCAGUGGGGUCCGCCUUCUCAAUCCCCUCCGAGUCACGGAGCAUACGGUGGAGGAGGACGCGGAGGACGCGGUGGUUACAAUGAACGGGGCGGACACAAGGGGCAGCUGAUGGGCCCCCCGAUUCGGAUGGGAUUUGAUGGCGGCAAUCCCCAAGCACCGCCCGCUCCAGUGAGCGCCCCAUAUCCGUACGGAGGGCCUCCUGCUCCUCCGGCUCCGUUUCCUCCCCCUUACCAAGGUUAUCCGCCUCCUGGGCCAUACAUGCCCGUCCCCUCGCCAUUCGAUGCCCAUUCCGGCCACGGCUCACGUCACCACGGUCGUGGCGGCUUUCACCAUUCCAAGUCUCGUCCUCAGUUUGGCGGUGACAAGAAUCGCAGCCGCAAUCACAAUCAGAGCAAGGGACAGACGGCCCAGACGGCCCAGACGACCCAGACGCCUCCCAUUCAGCAUCAGAAGCCUGAUGCUGCGUCCGCCGGGAAGAAGAAGAAGCGCAAGACAAACACUCUUGGCCUGACACCCGGUGAUGAGUCAGACGAGGACGACGAAAACGAGGAGGAGCGCCUUAACGAGAUGUAUGGCGCUGAAGCUCCAAACCCCCAAACGUCGUCCGAGAUCGCCGCCUGGAUUGCGGAGCGCCGUGCCCGGUACCCCACGAAGAGCAGAGUGGAAGCCAAGAAAGCCGCGCUUAAAGCUCAGAACGGCGACGCUAACCAGGAGAGAAGUAGCCUGGAACUAAAGGCAGAAAAGUUGCGAAAGCAGCUAGAGAAGGUCGAAUCCAGCAUCAAGCGGAAGCGCGAGCAGCAGGACGAGGGCGACGAAAUGAGGGAUCUCGACUUGGGCUCGCCUUCGUCGAGCAACGCCGGAUCGGACGACGAGAAACCGGAAUCCAUGUCGUCUCGUCCGCAACCGAGCAAUGUCCCUCCCCCGCUCAAAAAAGCAGAUCCCACCAAGCACUGCAAAUACUAUUCAACCGGGGGCACGUGUGGCAAGCGGGGCAAGUGCCGCUUUGUCCACGACCCGGCCGUCCGGGAAGCGGCUCUCCGAGAACGCGAGCUGAACGGCGGUCGCAUGACCCUGCAGCAGCGUCUUAUUUUGAACGAUAAGGAUCAGGAAGACCUCGCUAUCGUGGAGACGCUCAAGUAUCUCCAGGAUAAGGGCAUCCUCCCGAAGAAGACAGCGGGCGCACCGGCAUCAGAUAAGUCCUCUGAGACGGCCACUGCGCCCCAGUCUGAGCUGCCUGCCCGUCCGGCGGAGGAGGGUUCAAGCAAUGGCUUGCCCCCCAUCCCGCCUUCGAGUUCCUCGGCAGACGACCAUACAACCAAGUACGCCGGUUGGAACUUGAGCGGUUUCGGGAACACAGGCGUCAGUUCGAGUGAGUAGCGAUCCCGGCCAUUGUCUGCAUGCCGGACUCGCCGGGGUGUCCGACAGGGUUCUUCCUUUAGACUGAAGCGCGGCGGGUCGGGGCCUCGGCAUGCGGCCUACAAGACGCGCCGGUAAGGAAGUGCAUGUGCUUCUACUGGUAAUUUCCCAGCUGGGAGCCAGUCGACUGCUUGAGAUCGUUCUCGAGCCACCUGUUGCUUUAGUCUGUUUUGCAGAGGAGGUGUCCCUGACAGUGUCGGGGGCAGCUCACGAGCAUCGGG